AUGAAGCCAAUCAAGGAUGAUACAUUGGAAUCAGCAGAGAGCAUCUGGAGGAAGACUUCUGGGAGCAAUGUGAAGGACAAGGAUCCAGCUGCUCUAAAUGAAGAGAUGUCCUUAGACAUGGCCAUUUCAAAAGGAGAGCUGGAAACAAAAAGCAAUGUUGGAGAGGUGGCCAUUAAAAGGUUUCCUCGGAACCGCAUCUGGCAUUGGAGCGAGCUGCCCGACGGCACCAGCGCUCCCCUGGAGAUUGUCCUGCUGGACAAGGUGUCCACAGGCUUUCCCGGUGUCGUCCAGCUGCUGGAGUGGCUUGAGCUGCCCAGCGACAUUGUGAUGGUGCUGGAGCGGCCAGAGCAGUCUCAGGACCUCCUGCUUUUCAUUCAGGCACGGGGGUUCCUGCGCGAGGAGGUGGCGCGGCAGCUGUUCCGGCAGGUGCUGGAGGCCGUGCGGCACUGCACCAGCUGCAGGGUCCUGCACCGCGAUAUCAAACCAGAGAACAUCCUGGUUGACCUGGCCACCGGGCAGGCCAAAUUGAUUGACUUUGGCUGUGGCACCUACCUGCAAGAGACAGCCUACACUCACUUUGCAGGAACACCAUCAUACAGCCCCCCGGAAUGGACCCGCUUUGGCUGGUACCAUGGCGAGCCAGCUACCAUCUGGUCCCUGGGCAUCCUGCUGCACGAGAUGGUCUGUGGGAAGAUGCCUUUCAGGAGGGGCUGGAACUUCAGCUGGGGCCAGCUCUCACUGCCACAACGGCUCUCUCCAGAGUGCCAAAAUCUGAUUGGGUGGUGUUUAUCCAUGCACCCCUUGGCCAGACCCUCAUUAGAAGAGGUGUUCUGUCAUCCU